UCCCUUUUUCUCAUAUGGCUGCUACAAUACAAUACAAGCCACUAUGGUCCAUGGAAAAGUAGGACAUUAGAAUCGUACGCAAAUUUUGGACUUGACAGUUCAUCUUCAUCCCCCCCAACCAUCCUGAUCCUAUAUAUAUUUCCAAUCAAACAACAAGAAGAUCAACCUCUAACAAAGCUGCAAUGGCGCCCCUCAUCCUCAUCAUCCUCUCCCUUGUUCCCCUUCUGGCCUUGUUGAUCAGGAACUACUUACUAUCUUGUAAAAAAACGAAUCUACCACCAACUCCUCCUAAGCUUCCGAUUCUGGGCAACUUGCAUCAGCUCGGCGCUCUGCCCCAUCAGUCACUCUGGCGGCUCUCCAAGAAAUACGGUCCCGUGAUGCAAUUCCACUUGGGCCGCGUCCCUGCCGUCGUGAUCUCCUCCCCUGAAGCCGCCAGAGAGGUGAUGAAACUCCACGACCUCGCCACCUGCAGCCGCCCCUCCAUGGCAGGGACGCGCCGCCUCACCUACGACUACCUCGACGUCGCCUUCUCCCCCUACGCCGACAACUGGCGCUUCAUGAGGAAGAUCAUCAUUCUCGAGCUCUUCAGCCUCAAGAGGGUCAGGUCGUUUCGGUUGGUCCGGGAACAGGAAGUCGGGUUGCUGAUCGACUCCAUCGUCACCUCCGGAGCUGAUCAAAUCAACCUCACCGAGAAACUCUACUCCCUCACGGCGAACAUAACGUUCAGGAUGUCGUUCGGAUUCGACUACCGCGGGACCGAGUUCGACAAGAACAGGUUUCACGAGGUGAUUCACGAGGCAGAGGUCGUCGCCGGGAGCAUGUCGGCAGAGGAGUGUUUCCCGCGGGGAUUGGGUUGGGUUGUGGAUAAAUUGACCGGUCAUCGGGCGAGGAUCGAGAGGGUUUUUGGCGAGCUCGACGGUUUCUUCCAGCAUGUCAUCGAUGAACACCUUCAGAAAGGAAGGGAACGAGAUGAUCAGGAAGACAUGAUCGACGUGCUGCUGGGAAUUUACAGGGAGCAAUCUCGACAACCUCUCGCUGGCGGUGGCAAGUCUCAGUUCGGAAUGGAUAACAUUAAGGCUCUUCUCCUGAACUUUUUCUUGGGAGGAAUUGACACGGCUGCACUGACUGUGAACUGGGCCAUGGCCGAGCUUCUAGCCAACCCCAGACUAAUGAAGAAAGCACAGGCAGAAGUCAGAGACGUCGUCGGAGACAAAAACAGAGUCACCGAAGACGACGUCGAGAAACUCGAGUACCUCAAAUUGGUCAUCAAAGAAACUCUGCGACUCCACCCACCGGCGCCCCUGCUACUCCCCAGAGAAUCCAUCUCCCCGUUGAAAAUCAACGGAUACGACGUUCCCCCAAAGACGAUGAUCUACAUCAACGCUUGGGGGAUCGGGCGAGACCCGAAUCACUGGCCGGAACCAGACAAGUUCUUGCCGGAGAGAUUCGAGGACAGCUCGUUGGAGUUCAAAGGGCAGAGCUUCGAGUACCUGCCCUUUGGAUCCGGGCGCAGAGUCUGUCCUGGAAUACACAUGGGAACGAUUACAGUGGAAAUUGCGCUGGCGAAUCUGUUGUGUUGCUUCGAUUGGAAAUUGCCCGAUGGGAUGACGGCGGAGGAUGUGACCAUGGAAGAACAGAGUGGCGUCAGCUUGACUGUGUCCAAGAAAGAACCGCUCCUCCUCGUCCCUGUCAAUCGGAUCAAGUGA